AUGCUACAUCUUUCUUUAAUAACUCGACUUCUACUGAUAGGAGUUCUGGUCCUGCUCUUCAAUGGCUUGACUGCAUUUCUUCGAGUUCAAACACCGCUGUUUCGACAUGCUGUUGACGAACUUGCACUUCCAUUUGUAGAAAGCAAUGUCGAGCACUCAAUUCACACAGCAGACAUGAUUUCGACAAUGCCAACCAUCAGAUUAAUCGUUGCCAAAACCAUGUCCUUGAAGGAUAUGAACGACACGAUUGUAGACAUUGAAACCAUGCAACAAAAAGUUGAUGCCAAAACUAUGGACCACGACUAUGAAGUCGAAUGGAUUCUCUUUACCUAUAAGAAUGAGACAUAUGAUGCUUUACUCGAAUAUCUGGAUACAAAACAAUGGAAGGAGAAAUAUCGAACUACCAUUUACCUCUGGGAGGGAAAGCAGAAGCUCAACUUUUGGCAACGCUACUUGAAUCCAUCGUCUAUUCCCAACAACAUUGACUAUAUUUGGAUGAUGGAUGGCGAUAUGAGGAUUCGAGACAUGGCCUGGGAUUGCUUCUGGAAAACCGCCAGGCUAUUUGAUCCUGCCAUGUUUGCUCCAACCAUAAUGGCAGACGCAGAUAUGUACAGCGAAUCCAAGAAACGUUAUGCCGGAUCAAGUCAUCCGAUGAAGUGUCACACGGACCCAUCCAUGGAUCCUGAGAAUAAUGAUUUCCAGCAUCUCAUUGCCGUAGACGUUCCAUUGAUCGAAGUUCAAACACCCAUCUUUCGUCGAGAUUCCUGGCAAGCAGUCUACGAAUCGUUUGAAUUGAACAUGCCAAGCUGGGGGAAAUCUUUUUCCGAUUGGGGCCCCAAUCAAGUGUGGUGCCGUAUCGCUGCUAGCAAGAUUUGGAACACCACAUAUGCACCCAUCGAACAAGCUGCAUUGCAACCACGCAUGCUUUGGUCCAGAGCUAAGGACACUUGUUCUAUUAACGAAACUAUCAAAGUCGACUUGUCGAGUGUCCAAGAUCCUAGGUUCUAUUUCAAUGAGUUUACCGAGCAGUAUGAGCGUCAUGGCUGCAUGAUUAUUCAGAACACCCCUUUUAAGCAUCUGAACACCCAGAGUAGUGGUGCCAGACAAGACAAGCAAUCCAAGGCUAGGCAAAAGUGGAAUGCUAUCGCACCAGCCGAAUCGAAUGCAUACCAAAACGUGUAUCCCAAUGAAUUUGCCAGUGUCAAGAAAGCCCAAAUACACAUCUACCGGGCCUAUACCUCAAACGAUCCAUCCCAAUACGCCUGCCAAGUUUGCAAGCACCGUGAAUGCUGA